AUGGCUGGAUUGGGAAGUUCCUGGUCGGAAGCGAUCAGCUCGGUUGCUGACCGUUUAUCCAUGCUGGGGAACCGGUCGGUGGUUCGAGUCUGGAGAGUGAUGAGAGUGAGAGUCAGACAUACGACCACCUUUCCUGCCACCGGAUAUACGAAAACCGAAGGGAAAGGAAAAAUGGCGCAGUCCAUCGGGCGCGGUGACGGGUUGGGUUUAGAUAGUCCUGGUAGUACCACCACAACCACCACCAGCGUCACUAAUUCGUCUAGUCGAUUCAGUCCCAAAAGUCACUCGGUAACUCCGGGGUUGAUGGCUUUUCCUCUUCUGCUUCCUUACAGCCGGAUUACACCCGGGGUUAUUGUCCGCCUUGCUGUUUUCCUGGUUCACGCUCAUCAUCAUCCCAUCGUUGAUUGGAGAAGAAACCGUUGGAAUGGUUACGCAAAGGAGUAA